UGUGUUUAUCUGCUCUAAUUUAGUAAAUAUCGUUGUUAUUAAAAGGAAAACAUCAUCGCCAGCUUAGUAGCAGCAGUCAGCUACUAAGGUCCAAAGGCCGUGCUGUCAGUCUCCAAGCAUAGCCCAAGGUAAAGUACCCAUCAGCCAGAACGAUUGGCAGGAUGGCAGUUUGGCUGCAGCAGCAGCAUUCUAUCCAUGAUCCAUGAUGACACACUGCACAGUCGCAAAUCUCGCUCGCAGUGGCCCCUCUGAGCGGGAGAUCUCUCUUGGUAUGUGUACUCCGCUCGCUGUUGCGGCCAUUGGAAUCCUGUCGCCCUGCCCCUGCUCGAAUUCCAUCUCCUCCUCCUCCCUCCUCCUCCGUCUCUCUAUCCAAGAUCCGUCUGUCUGACCAUCCUAGUAAUCUCUGAGCUCCAUCUCCAUUGACAGCGACCUUGCCUUGCUGGUCCUGCUGGCCGUGCACCUCAUUUCGUUCCUUCCUUCAUUCCAUUAUCAUCGCCCGCCCUCCUCAAAUCUUUCUCCAUUCUGCCGCUCUUCUUCUUCUCCUCCUAUAAAUGCGUCGCCUCCGCUUGUAGAAAGCCUCCACCAAGGUCCAGCCAGCCUUGACUCCUCAUUGCUACAUUUGCUUCCUUCCAUUCCAAGAUCGGCCCAGCGAACCGAGAGGGCCCAAGGAAGAUGGAGUACUGGGCGGCGCUGGCGUCGCUCAUGGGCGCGUUCGCGUUCCUGCAGGGGGUGGUGCACGCGAUGUUCCCGGCGGAGCUGCGUGCUGCGCUGGCGCGGCUGCUCGGCAGGCUCACGCGCGCCUUCUCCCCCUACUGCUACUUCGACGUGACGGAGAUGGAAGGCAUGAGCACCAACGAGAUCUACGACGCCGUGCAGCUGUACCUCAGCAGCACCGCCGCGCCGGCGUCCGGGGCGCGCCUCAGCCUGUCGCGCCCGCUCAACGCCUCCUCCUUCACCUUCGGGCUCGCCGCCAGCGACCGCGUCGUCGACACCUUCGCCGGCUGCGCCGUCACGUGGGAGCACGUGGUCGCGCCGCGCCAGGGCCAGGGCUUCUCGUGGCGCCCGCUCCCCGAGGAGAAGCGCCGCUUCACGCUCCGCAUCCGCCGCGGCGACAGGGACAAGCUGCUCCCGGCGUACCUCGACCACAUCCUCGCCGCGGCGGCCGACAUCAAGCGCCGCAGCCAGGACCGGAUGCUCUACACCAACGCGCGGGGCGGGGUCAUGGACUCGCGCGGCCUGCCCUGGGACCCCGUGCCGUUUAAGCACCCGAGCACGUUCGACACGCUCGCCAUGGACCCGGCGCGGAAGGCGGCUAUCAUGGCCGACCUCCGGGACUUCGCCGACGGCAGCGCCUUCUACGAGCGCACCGGACGCGCAUGGAAGCGCGGCUACCUCCUGUAUGGCCCACCGGGCACCGGCAAGUCCAGCAUGAUCGCGGCCAUGGCCAACUUCCUCGGCUACGACGUGUACGACCUGGAGCUGACCGAGGUGAGCAGCAACGCGGAGCUCCGCAAGCUGCUGAUGAAGACGACGUCCAAGUCCAUCAUCGUGAUCGAGGACAUCGACUGCUCCGUCGACCUCACCAACCGCGCGGCCGCGCCGCCGAAGCCGAAGCCGAAUCCGCGGCCGAGCAUCACCGUCGACGGCGCCAUGGUCAACCAGGACGGGGGCGCCGGCGGGGCGGGCCAGUCCAUCACGCUCUCCGGCCUGCUCAACUUCACGGACGGCCUGUGGUCGUGCUGCGGCGCGGAGCGCAUCUUCGUGUUCACCACCAACCACAUCGAGAAGCUGGACCCGGCGCUGCUCCGGUCGGGCCGCAUGGACAUGCACGUCUUCAUGUCCUACUGCUCGUUCCCGGCGCUCAAGAUCCUGCUCAAGAACUACCUCGGCUUCCAGGACGACGAGGAGCUGGACCGCCUCAGCGACAGCGACGCCAUGCGCGGGCUGGAGGAGUGGGUGGACGCCGCGGAGAUCACGCCGGCGGACGUGAGCGAGGUGCUGAUCAAGAACCGUAGGAGCGGCAAGACGGAGGCAAUGCAGGGGCUGCUGGACGAAUUCAGGGCCCGCGCCGAGACGCGGGGCCGGGGCUUCAGCGACGGAGCUGCCGCCGCGGCGGGGAACGAGGCCGCCGGCGGCGACGGCGAGAACGAGGAGGAAGAGGAGGAGGAGGAGAAACGGGCGCUGGAGAGCCCCAAGGAGGCCGGGAAGGAGCAGGACGUGGGCGGCAUUGACAGCUGCGCGGACGGACAGGAUGAGGAAGCGGAGGAGGGAAAGAAACAGGUGUGAUGUGCGAGGAGGAGCAGUCGAGCAGAGCAGGACAAGCGGAGGCUGGAAAGAGCGAAGAGGGAAAGCGAAGGGUUCAAAAUUUUCCCGUUCAGUGGUGGCCAAUCUUCACCGGAGAAAUCAAUGCAAGAAAGGAACUUGUUGGGGAGCAUCUUUUUUCUUUUUUUGUUUGUCUGAUUAUUCUUUGUUUAUUUUUCUCCCCUUUUGAUCUGAUUUGAUGCUCGUCGUUGAUGUCUUUUCUAUCGCUAUCUAGUUAGUUUCUGGCCUAUUGUAAUAAGAAAAGCAACUAAUAAUUCUAGUAGUGGGAUCAUACCGUUUAUCCCAUACGAGCUACUACUAGUAAAAUCAAAUAAAAUCUGCUACUAUGUUUGUGUCCA